UCAGAGCCUUCCUUUUUUCCCUUUUUUUUUUUGCUUCUCUUAUUUCUCUCUCUUCAAUCCAUUGGAGGACUUUCCAAAUAAUGGUAUCUUGUCUGCAACCCCUCUUCAAGCUCUGUCAGUAAUAAACCUCAAAAGCUACCAAUACAAAUUUAAACCCAACAUCAGAUAAGGAAAAAGAAAAAAAGAAAAAACCCAUUGAAGAAACAGAUCUUCCAUUGUAAAGUGAAGAUCAUGACAAGGAAGAAAAUUCAGAUCAAGAAGAUUGACAACAUAGCUGCAAGACAAGUAGCAUUUUCCAAGAGAAGAAAAGGGCUUUUCAAGAAGGCUAAAGAACUUGCAAUUCUCUGUGAUGCUGAGAUUGGCCUUCUUGUUUUUUCUGCUUCUGGGAAGCUCUUUGAUUAUGCAAGUUCAAGCAUCCAGGAGAUACUUGAGAGGCAUAAUAGUGUCCAUUCAGAGAACCUUCCCAAUUUGAAUGAACCAUCAGUUGAGUUGCAGCUCGAGAGCAAUAUUCGAGCGAAGUUGAAUGAAGAAGUCGAAAAAAAGAGCCAUGAACUAAGGCAAAUGAAAGGAGAGGAGCUUCAAGGUUUGGGGAUGGAAGAACUUAAGAAAUUAGAGAAAUCUCUUCAAGGAGGACUCAGUCGUGUUGCUGAAAUUAUGGAUGGAAAAAAUACUGAUUUGCUCAGCGAUAUUGGAAGGAAGGUUGAUUUGCUGAUAGAAGAAAACAAGAGAUUGAACCAGCUUGAAGUGGACAAAUUGGGAGAGCAAAUAAUGCAGAACAUACAAGGACAUUCUUCUGAGUCUAUAGGGAAUAAUUCAACUUCAUCAAAUAACCCUUCUCAAGAUUAUGACAGCUCUGACACUUCUCUCAAACUGGGAUUGCCAUUGCUUGAUUUUUGAAUUAUAUGGCUGAAGAUUGGCAUCUGAAUCAACCCAAAAGAUCAGCAAUUUACCAUUUGGAAAAGAGUUCAUUUGGUAUAUAUAUAUAUAUAGAGUCUGAAAAAAAAAAAAGAAUGAUAAAUAAGGUAGGAUUAAGUGAGCAUGUAUAUGAAAUUAUGCAAUAAAUUAGGUUGAAUGAUAUAUAUGUGUAGAACACAAUUACUAAAAUUAAAUUUGCUUGAAUUUGUUGCAUUUUGGAUCAUACCAUAAAUUGCUAUGCCUUUCCAAGCACACCUAUAAGGUUGUAGUAAUUAAUUAAGAGACACUCCCAAUGUAAUUCAAUUUAAGUGCC